GGCGAUGUGAUGUUCCCUACUUUGUCAGCCGUAGGCAUAAUCAUGGCCUACGGCUAUCCUUUCCAGUCACCUCAGGGGGUGCUCGUAACUCACCUCGUCGCGCGGAUUUAUAAGUCAGUGGCGAUUCUCACAUGAGUUACCCCUAGUGAAAUACCACAUCAUACUUCUUACCGCUUCAGUUUGUUCACAAAGACGAGUCAUUUCCUCCAAACCGGCGUAAGCACUGCAUGUGAUGGGCUCCAUACCACUCCCUGGCCCCGUCCGACUGGCCAUCCUCGUCGCAGAUGAGCCACUGCCUAGCGUAUCGACCAAGCUAGGCCGCUUCGACACCAUCUUCACGACACUUCUGAGAAACGCAUGCGAAAGCCUUGAUCCACCACAGAGGCUCGAAUCUCAGCUCGCGCUGACUUCGUACAACGUGGUGGCUGAAGACGGUGUAGAUGCCGCUUACCCCGAGCUUGGGAGUAUUGAUGCCGUGCUCAUCACAGGAUCUCGGUAUUCGGCUUAUGCGGAUGAUGAAUGGAUUGUCAGGCUGACAGCUUUCACGCGGAGACUUUUGGAUGAGGGCCGUGUUCGCGUCAUUGGCGUUUGCUUCGGGCAUCAGAUCGUUGCUCGCGCUUUUGGUGGGCAGGUUGCUCGAUCUCCCGGAGGAUGGGAGCUUUCUGUCACAAAGUUGGAGCUGACGGAUGAGGGCCAGAAUGUAUUUGGAUCUGAGAGUCUGAGCAUCUAUCAAACACACCGCGAUGCAGUCCUCAACCUGCCUUCUGGCGUCGUCUUGCUAGCUCAUAGCAGGCAAUGCCCGAUUCAAGCCAUGCAUGUUCCUCGGAGAUUCAUCACAGUGCAAGGUCACCCCGAAUUCUCGCCAUUCAUGAUGAGCGAAAUGCUGCAGAUCCGCCACAAGGCUGGCAUCAUUCCUAGUGAACCUUUCAAAGACGCCAUGGCGAGGGUGUCGGAUGCGCACGAUGGUGUUCUGAUUGGGCGAAGCUUUCUUCGCUUUUUGAGGGAGUGACUGGAAGUCUCAACUGUCUCAUAUCAAGCCGGUUGAAAGCCGGUUGUAAUUGUAUCCGAGACUACAGAGUUAUAUUAGGACGGGAAUUAUGGGAAUAGUUCACAGGAUUAACACAGAAAUAUCGCUGGGCGAGUAACAUUCGUAAAGUAGACUUGCUAAAUCAUCACCUAGCCUUUCAUGAUU